ACGUUACUUGCUCCUUCCCUUCAGGAACUGCAUCGUGCAGGAACGAUGCCUUGCGAGUGACGCCGCGGCGCGGACAAAUGCAGCUCGCGGGGACCCGCCACCCUUUCGUCGCUUUUUGCAUGUAAUCCGGUAUCGAGGACAAAGUAGUGCCCCGCACGAUAGAGACAGCGAAAAUGAGGGAGAAUGAUAGAACCACGUUAUGGUUCUUAUUGAUAUUCGCGCUAUGCACGAGAGUUUACUCGACAAACGCCAGGCACAUAAUCACCAAGCGAAAUUACAGCGAUCAAAGCGUGAGAGGGUAUCUAGCGGAGAGAACCUGUUGGUGGAACGAAGUGUGCAAGGAAGAGUUUCACAGUAAGUUCCGAUGUCGUUGCCCGAGAUGGUCCUAUUGCCGUGCACCGGGAAGAUAUUACGACGCACAUUGCAGUAUGACACGCACAGGCUACAUUUGGACUCAACCGGAAACAUCGCUGAGCCUUGAGAUCGAUAAAUAAAUGGCGCUACUCCGUGUGACGCAAGGAAAAAAACCAAAAAACAGGGACGCCGAUACGAAGGAAUCAAACCUCAUCCAUUCGAAAUCAAAAUCUACGAU